GUUGCAAAUUUUCUAAUUUCUUCUUCUUCGAGCGCCGCCCCCUGAAACCGACAACCAACUCGCCUUCCUCCGUUCUUCUCCUCCGUUCUUCUCUUCCGUUCACCUUCUCCCGAAACCGACGGCCAUUCGCCUUCCUCCGACCUCAUUCGUUCGCCGACCGUGGCGAACCGCCAUUCUUCUGCCGACGACGUCCGCCCAUCCUAACGGCCGUCACAACCCACUUCUACAGUUUUAAAAUUCCGUAACAACUGAUAUAUUGUGGUGGAAAGGCCUUACUCGAAUUUUGGAAGCUAAAGGAUAUAUUAGAGAAAGAGGUAACAAGGUAUACUUGCUUUAACAAAAAAAAAGUUAUACUUACCUUUUGAUAUUAAAAUAGCAUGUUCAUAACUUUAAUUGUUGAAAUUCUUGAUGAUAAUAUUAUGAUGAUAACAUUAUAAUGUUAGAUAUCUUAUGACUUGAGUUUUCUAUACGAAGUUAAAAACAUAUCUGGUAGAAUAAAUGAGUACUAAAGCUAAACAUGAAAUAAUUUCAUUAGAAAUAAUGUCUGCACCCCCGCCUUUUGGACAAAUUUUUAAUGUCAAUUGUAGGCGUCAUGAUGAUUUAAUUAUGUAUGCAUUAAUUUUGGAACAUAGGUAUGGAUCGUAGUUAGAUGAGAGCCAAUCGAUUAAGUGCUGAGUACGAACAUGGAGUGAUAGAAUUUCUACAGUUUGCUGAAAGUAAUGCUAAAAAAGAUCUUCCUCCUCCUAAAAGUAGUGCUGAAGAAAGUCUUCCUACACUUAUUCUCUGUCCGUGUGUUUGUUGUGCAAAUCAAGAACCAAAACUUAGUAAGAAAGAAACCAUGAAUCAUCUAAUUUGUAAAGGGAUUUGUCAAAGUUAUACACAAUGGAUAUGGCACGGUGAAGUAGUAGCAACGUUAAAUGUGUCCCAAAUAGAUAAUGUUAGUGUAAAAAUGGAUGAUCGUCUGGAAGACAUGAUGCGUGAUAUUGAACAAGAUUCGUUUAAGAGGGCACAUGCGUAUGAUAGCUUAUGCAUUGACAAGGAUACACCUUUGUACCCGGGAUGCACAAAUUUUACACGUUUGUCAGCCGUGUUAAAAUUGUUCAAUCUAAAGGCAGUUAACGGGUGGAGUGAUAAAAGUUUUACCGAAUUGCUUGAAUUGUUGACACAAAUGCUUCCAGAAGGUAACGUACUGCCAAGUCGUUAUUACGAGGCGAAGAAAAUAUUGUGUCCGAUGGGUUUGGAUUAUGAAAAGAUACAUGCAUGCCCUAAUGAUUGCAUAUUAUACAUAAAAGAGUAUGUAAACUAUAAUCAUUGUCCGAAGUGCAAGGCAUCACGCUACAAAAAAAGACAUGGUGAAUCUAGUGAUGAUGAGGAAGUCAAAAAAGGUCCUCCUACGAAAGUAGUAUGGUACCUACCGAUCAUUUCAAGGUUCAAGAGAUUAUUCUCCACCGCCACGCCAUGA